AUGUCACUCGAGCGCACCACCUCCAACACGGACACGCUCUUCAGUGUCUUCUCCGACACGUCGACCAUCGUGCCCGCGCGCGACGCCGCGCCGGAAGUGCAGGCGCGGGGCGACGGCCGGCGCCCAAGUCUGGCGGACAAGCUCAAGGCCAAGAUCAGCCCGCCGAACCCCGCGCUUGAGCGGCUCGUAGCUGAGGGCUUUGACCGUGCGCUCGCAAAGCGGGCCCUCGGCCGCCUGAACAACGACGAGGAGCGCGCGCGCUUCGGACUGACCCACCUGCGCGACCACAAGGCGCGCCUCGACCCCAAUUGCCCCGCCUGCGAGUUUUCUCGCCAGCCACACGCGACGACAACGGUCGAAUCUAUCAACUACGGCAGGCCCUUGUCUGCUCUGCCGCCCGGAUUUGAGCGCAUGUCCCUCGAGCGGCACAGCGGGCUGCCUACGUCCCCCGAGCAGCGGCGCGGGUAG